CCGUGCGGGAGUGUCCCUGCUUGCGGGAAGCGUCUCUAAACAGGUCUGGAAAGCUUUGGACAGGCUGAGAGGCUCUGUUAAUUUUCAUUUUCCGACGGUCGUUUGUGUUUGAGCUGGACUCAUGGAUUACCGCUUUAUGUGCGCUCUGUGUUUGUCUCUGCAGUUGAUGCUCCUGCCGCUGCAAGUAUUGUCUCAGGGUGACAUGAGCCUCUCGGAUGCUCUGGAUGGUGAACAUAGUAAACCAUCUGCUGAUGACUUUGACCUGGCAGAUGCUUUGGACCCAAAAAAGGACAUUGGUUUCAGGGAUAAAAACAAGGGUCAGAAGGAUGCUUUUUCUGACAAGGAUCUGAUUGCUGUGAGUGAAGAUAACACCUACAAACCUGACAAAGGCAAAGGGGGUCGUUCAGAUGGUAACAGAGGUCAGAUUAAUAAGGAGGAUGACACCAGUGAGACCACAGCAGAGGUGGGCACCAUUGCAGGAAUCGUUAGUGCGGUUGCCAUGGCGUUGGUGGGUGCCAUCAGCAGCUACAUCUCCUACCAGAAGAAGAAGUUGUGCUUCAGUAUCCAACAGAGUCUGAAUGUUGACAUGACCAAAGCAGACAACUCUGGACCGGUGGCAGCAACAGAACCACAAGUUCAGCAGACUCUCCUGGAGCCUCCCAACGCUGAGCCUCCUGCUGAAGUGAAAGUUGUGUUGUAAACAAAGAUCACUCAUCCAUGUGCCCACUUCAGCCAAACAUCUGCAUGUGUACAUGCACACUGAAACAGAAGAGAAAUCUUCAUGAUUUGAUUUUAUUGUUACUGGCUAUAUUGUGAUUGUAUUUAAUGAAACUAAUGUUCACAUUCUGGAGGCAGAAUUGAUGUCAUGUCCACCAUGGCCAUUCUCAUCAAUGCACUGUCACUCUUAAAGGCAAAAACCACUUAGAUUUAAGAAAUGUAAGCAACACCAGCUCUUCCUUUAGUAUGAAGAAUGUCUUUAUCAGUGUUGUUUUUGGCAGCCAUCUCAUUUUUAAGUUUGAUAGUUUAGUCUAGUUUUAGUCUAGUUUUAGUCAACGAAAAUUCA